AUGGCGCGUAUUGCCGGCCCUGGGGCUCCGGUCCUGGGCACCCCCCGGGUGGGGACGCACCGGGCACCCUGCCCUCCCCUGCCCAUCGUUUUCUCCCCCCGGUGAGUGUCUGCCUGGGGGGGGGGUUAGGGCCCCAGGGCCGCACUGCGAUGGGGGGACCCCCGCCGGCAGCACUCGGGGGUUUUCCCUCUCGGCUCCACCCCCCCCCCCCGGGGAGCAUCGAGCUGGUGGGUGAAGUGGGUUUAGAGGGGAUCCCGGUUCCGUUGUGAGUCUCGGCAACGCUGCUGCAUCCUCAGGUGACGGUGACGGGGAUAACCACGGACCCCCCCCCCCCCCAUCCCGCCGUGCACAGGCAGCUGUGAACCCCCCCCCCCCCCCCAGCAGCGAUGGAGCCCCGCUGCCUACCCUGGCUGCAGAGUUUUGACAAGCCGUGCCGGCUCCUGCUCCACGCGCUCGCCUCCGGCUCCUCCGGGACACUGGCCGCCCUCCGAAUGCUGCAGCAGGGCCGGGUCCACGAGGGACCGGGGCAGGCAUUUCCCUGGCAGGCCUUCACCACAGCCCUGUGCGCCAAGGAGCCCACCCUGGAGGGGCCGGAGGGGGCCCUGGCUGGCAAGCCACGGCUGCUGCUGCUCCCCGUCGUGUGCCAGAGAAACCUCUUCUCCCUGCUCCUCGUGGUGCAAGCCGUGGUGCCAGGGGGCUGCCUCAGCCGGCUGCUCCAGACCCUGGAGCAGGAUUCCCACGUGGAUCCCUGGGUGCGGACACUGGGGGAUCUGCUCCGUCAGGGACCAAGGGGAGAGGGGUGCUCCCCACCUCCCACUCCCUUGUCUUCCACGUGCCAGCAGCAGCUUCGGUGCCUGUGCCAUAAAGUUGCCCAGGACAAACCAGAGGGGCGAAGGAAACUGAACUGGUGCUUCAGCAAGCAGCCCGGUGCCACUGGGGAUGUGGCUGAUGCUGUGCUUCACGGUGGGAAGUGCAAGAAAGUGUCAGAGGAGAGCCUGGAGUUGGAUGAGGAGAGAGAGGCGAAGAGGCCGCUGCUGGAGGAGACAGCGUUUGACCCCCCAGGAGCCCAGGAGGGUGGGGAUGGGGCAGGGGUGGAAGAGGUGGUGCCUGAGAAGCCUUUGGGAGACAGAUCCCCUCAGAGUCCAGACGUUCCAGCAAGCUCCCAGCAGGAUGCAGCUGGGGAGCCCAGGAAGAUUUUUCAGGCAGAGCUGGCAGCAGAGGUCCAGUCCUUUCUCCAGAUGCAUGGACAGAGGCUGAAAAUGCUGCUGCAGAAGGAGUCCAAUCAUUCAGAGCUGAGCAUCCUGCCCGAGCUGCACGUCUUGAACAACUGCUCUCCUGGCCAGCUCGAGGGUCUAUGCUCCUUCCUCCAGCUCUCCACGUGCCCAGAGCACCUCCUGGUCCGUUUCUGCAGCUGGCUGCUGGCUCUCACCCCCGACCUCAGCUACACCAGCGCGGCCAUCCUGGCAGAACAGCUCUUCCUCAGGCGAGUCCUGUCCCUCGCCCAGCCGCCCUCCCGCCAUCUCAUGGCUGCCUUCACUUCGUUUUGCUCCAAGUAUUCCCAGCCCUUCUGUCGAGUCCUGGUGGCUGCGGUCCUGCGGGAGCCAGGGGAAGGCACUGAGCAGACCAAGCUAGUGUGUGAGCUCGUGGAGGAGUGCCUGGAGCCAGACUGUGUGCGACUGGUGCUAAGCCAAGUCCUGGAGGUGCCUUUGUCAGAAAAGCUCCUGCCGGUAGUGCAAGCUGUGCUGGGGCGGCAGGAGGUGCUACCCCCCGAGCUGUUCGAUCUCCUGGUCCUCACCCUGUGCCGGCAGGCCCCAGCCUUCGCUACGUCGCUGAAUUACGCCAAGCUGGUGACGGCUGUGCUCACUGUGUACCAAAGCCAGGUCACCCCAGCCCACCGGCGCAGUCUGGCUGCUGCUCUGGAUUGGAGCAAUUCUGCUCUGAAGAAAUCGCUGCAGGCCAUGCUGGAAGGAGCCGGAUGAGGGAACGGCAAGAUGAUGGCUUCCUUGGGCAGAGGAUGCUUGUUAGGCGCUGGUAGCUGCAGCCCAGUCCCUCAGCGGGGUUCACUACCAGCAAGAUGGAGACGCAGUGAACGUGGGCUGUGGCAGCAGUGCCUCACGCUCAGCCGGCUGGCCAUCCCAGCACCACGCGUGCCCCGUGUCUUGAAGAUGAGGGUUUUCUUGGUUAAACAAUGACCACGUUUCCAGCCAUCUCUGUGUCUGCUCUGUCCCCGGGCCGCCUCGGCGCCUUGCCGCACUCAACAUGGCGCCUCCCGCCUGCCCGCCCUGCCGCGCUCAAGAUGGCGCCUCCCUCCCCGCCUCUCCCAAGAUGGCGGCAGGGGAGGGGCUGCGGAGGGGCGGGGCGACAGGCGCCUGCGGGCAGUGGCGUUCCCGCUCCCAGGCGCCUCAGGUCCCUGGGGUGCCCUGUCCUGGCGCUGGGCCCGCGGGUGGGGGGGGUGGCCGGGAGGUGGGUAAUUGCAUAAAGGUUACUUUUUUUUUUUUUUUCGGUAGAUGGUUUGUGCCUAAAAGGUGGCUUUUUUUAAAUCAGGGAAACAAUCCAUUAUUUUUUUUUUGCAUUAUCGAUGGAGUAAUGUUGGCACAUAAGUACUCAAAGCGUGCCUGACGGUGGGCUGCAGUGAUCCCAAGGCUUUCUGUUCUUCUAGAAAAGGGGUUUCUGUCGAGCGGGUCCCCACAUUACCCGACCAGGCAACGAGAAGCUGCAGAAGAAGCAGAAGCCCUUCUCUGCUUUCAGGUCCCCUUUGGCUUGACGAGCGUGCUGGAUGACGUGAUGUGUCCUACCCUGUGCCAGCACCUCUGAUAACUUGUGAAUCUGAAGAGCUUGACUGAGCAUCUGUGUGCCUCAUCAGCCUGGUUUGCAGGUGUCCCUACCUGUUUUAAUCAAAUGGUUAAAAAUGGAGCAACAGGGCUGCAAUAUUUCCUGUGUGUACCAGCACCCUUGUUUCUCACAGCUGAGAAGCAUGAUGCCAUCCCAGUGUCAGCCCUCUAUGAAGCAAGUUGCUCCUUCCUUUCUCCAGGUCUGCACAAAGCUGGCAAAUCUCCCUCUCUCCUUGCUCACAGUGGUAACCUGGUAGCCAAGGCAAAGAGUCAUCUUGUCCAAAACCUGUAUAUUUCAAGUGGUUUUUUUUUCAAUGUUGUGGUAGCCCAGAGCACCCAGCGAACAGUAUCGCAUGGUGGAGGUCACAGGUUCUGAGUUCUUAAUGCCCUUAACACAUUGAUGAAUCAAGACAGAAACUGAUGUGGUGCUGUCUGAAGAUGAUAAUUCUGGACCAGGCUUAACUGACCAUCGUGCCUUUAUCUUAGCUCGAAUGAGCCAAGGCACAACUGGUACAUUUUGUGCACAUCAGCCUUUUUCUCCAAUGGCUAAGCUGAUUUCUGGGUUGUGCAGUGGUGAUCUCCUGGGCUGUUUAUCUGAUCUGCUGGGAUUUACAAAUCUUGGGAUACAGGAGAGUGAGAUUUAAAUUAAGAGUUGGUAGACUAGAAUUUUCUGCUUUAAAUAUGCUUUUUUUUUUUUUUUUUCUGUUUUGCCAGGGCUUGCAUGGGGCCCUGCUGUGUGUGUCACAUUUCUGGUUUUUAAUGUGGCAACGAUGACACUUGCUGUUACAAGGUAUUUAGUGACAUCCUGAUAAAAAGUGCUUCUGUAGUGUGACUGUGUCCAAAUUUCUAUCCAGUAUCCUUGAGAACACCCCCUGGAAACCUCAUCUGGGCACCUUCUGGUCAGAGAACUAGAAAGAUAAAGAUGGGAGAGAGUGGAUAGACUCUCAGUUUUAACGGAGGUUUUGAAGCAUUACAUAUUAAAGGAGCUAUUUAAAAAAUUCAUAAACGUUUACAUCUACAAAGGGAGAAGAGGGAUUAAAACAUGUAGGUGUGACAUGUUACUGCUUCAAGUUUGCUCAUUAAUAUUUAGACCCAGCCAGAGGAAUGAAACCCUGAAGCAUUAAAUGAUGCUCUUAACACUGAGAGCACAGAUUUCUUUAUAGUAUGAAUCUCUUAAGCUAUUUUAGGUGACAGUGGACUGAUGAGGCUUCAAAGUCUAUGUUAGCUGGAGGAAAGAAACGUCCAGGGAGCUGGAUUGUUGAUGUAUUUGCAUACCAGUGAGUUAAUGGCUGAGUAUAUUGAAGCUAUUGUAGGGCUGCCCAAAACAUGACAUAAAUAGAAACUGUGCCCUGAUCAUCAAGGUCUGAGCCUGCUAUUCUGGCUUUAUUAGGUAGCAGGCUGCAGUCUUUGCAGUUUCGCUGCAAAGCUUCUACCAAGUGACCUUGGUGUCGUUGUCCCCAGUGCUCUGUCUGGCUGUGGCUGUUGGUCACAUGAAGAUGACUGAAGACAAACUCCUCUCCAAAAUUCACCUGGUUGUCAGCUUCCUGGUGUCCUUGCUGAAGAACUAGAAGAACACGUGCUGUGUAUCUCUAGAGCACCAUGGGGAAGCCCCAGGAUCUCUAUGGACUGGGCAGCAAUAAAUGGUUUGAAAUUUG